UUGGUCAGUCCUUACCUUUUAAGGUACACCAAACUCGGCUAUGCAGGCAAUUUGGAACCGCAGUACAUCAUUCCUUCCACAAUAGCGAUUAAAGAGUCAUGUUCGGUCGGUGAUCAAGCUCAGAGACGGUUGGCGCGGGGCGUGGACGAUCUUGAUUUUUAUAUUGGCGACGAAGCGUUGUCGGCAGCGAACUACUGUUUAAAGUAUCCAAUCCGUCAUGGUAUAGUAGAAGACUGGGAUUUGAUGGAGCGAUACUGGGAACACUGUAUAUUCAAGUAUCUUAGAGCCGAACCGGAGGACCAUUAUUUUUUGUUGACGGAACCACCCCUGAACACGCCUGAAAAUCGGGAAUACACGGCUGAGAUCAUGUUCGAGUCCUUCAACGUACCGGGACUGUAUAUUGCUGUGCAGGCAGUUCUAGCGUUGGCAGCAUCAUGGCCAGGCAUGGAACGCACCGACAGAAGCUUGACCGGUCUCGUGGUCGACAGCGGCGAUGGUUUAACUCACUGUAUACCGGUGGCAGAAGGUUACGUGAUCGGUUCCUGCAUCAAGCACAUUCCAAUUGCCGGCCGCGACAUUACUUACUUUAUUCAAGGACUGUUGCGAGAGCGGGAAACAGGAAUUCCAACAGAGCAGUCGUUGGAGACAGCGAAGGCGAUUAAGGAACGAUUUUGCUAUGUUUGCCCAGACGUUGCGAAAGAAUUCGCUAAGUACGACACCGAACCUUCGAAAUGGUUCAAGCAGUACGAAGGAAUCAACAGCAUAACGAAGCAGAAAUUUUUUGCCGACGUAGGAUAUGAAAGAUUUUUAGGACCCGAAAUCUUCUUUCACCCUGAGUACGCAAAUCCGGAGUUCUUAAUCCCGAUUUCGGAAAUAAUCGAUACCGUCAUUCAACAGUGCCCAAUCGACGUUCGGCGUGGCCUGUACAAAAAUGUAGUACUCAGCGGCGGUUCGACGAUGUUCAAGGAUUUCGGUCGUCGCAUACAGCGCGACUUGAAGCGCAUGGUAGAUACCCGACUUAAGCAAAGCGAAGAUCUCUCCGGUGGUCAUAUUAAGCCGAAACCAGUAGACGUUAGGGUCAUUUCACAUCGUAUGCAGCGGUACGCCGUUUGGUUCGGUGGUAGCAUGCUAGGGCAAACGCCAGAGUUCUACGAAGUUGCGCACACAAAAGCCGAGUACAUGGAGAAAGGUCCAAGUAUCUGCCGUCACAAUCCCGUUUUUGAGGCAAUGGAGGCAGAGGAGAUGUUUUAUGAACAACAAGAGUACAUCGAGACUGCGUCCGGCAACAAAGUCAGCCGACAAUCGUGUCUUUACGGCAGUCAGAAUAUAGUAUUGGUUGGAAAGACGAUCGUCAUGGGCGAUACGAUUUUUCGCGGUGAUCUCGCCAACAUAAGAAUUGGAUCGUUCUGUGUAGUAUCUAGAGGCGUGGUCAUCAGGUCCGCUUUUAAAAAGCUUACCAAACGGUUUGUACGGAUAUAUUACGAAGUUUAUAACAUUUUCUAUUCAUUCAGUAAUAUUCCCUCAGCUCGCUUUUAAAG